UUUAAAACAGUUAAAAUGAACUGAAAAGACCCUUUAUGCGCUCUCAUUUUCUUUGUAAUACGCGGAGUUUCUGAUGUUUUACAGCUCAACUAGUUAAACAUUAACAGAACAGGAUGCCAGAGAACAAUGAAACCUCUCCCGCUACGCCUGAGGAAGAAAAACUCAAUGGACUUUUUCCACCUGUGAUAGCCAUAAUCUCCGUUAUCACUACAUUUGAGAACCUUCUGGUGAUCGUGAUUUUGUCUAAGAAACCACGUAACGAGUUACGGAUCGUUUCCAACUGCCUUGUGAUGAACCUUGCCAUCGCUGACCUGAUGGUAGGACUCGUAGGUGAACCUCUUUGGAUAAGCCUUUAUUGGGUAGGCGAGGAAGCAAGCUUUUUGCUAAUGAGCGAAGCACCAACUGCGCAGUAUGUCACAACUAGAUCAGUGAUGGUCAUAGCAGCUACAGCUUCAAGAUGUACUCUGCUCUUUCUUACAUUGGAAAGGUACGUGGCCUUAGAGAUGCCUUUGCGAAGAGAGAAGCUGUUUAGUAGCGUGGCUUUGAAUUUAUACAUCUUUCUCAUUUGGUUGGAUGGAUCAGUUACCGCUCUGCUCAUUUCCUUUCAUGACACAAGAGCAGUUCGACUGGUUUUUUAUUUCCUUCCUCUAUUUGAACUGGUUGUCAUCUUGGUUUUAUAUAUGCGCAUGUUCAUGAUAAUCCGAAAAUUCAACAAGGCGCUACUCGCCAGUGAAGUUCGAGAACCUCUUAUUCAAUCAGGAGACACGUUUAAAUUGGCUCGAAGACGGGAGUGUUCUUUCGCAAAAAACAUUUUCCUACUAGUUGGGACAUUUGUAUUGUGUUAUCUUCCUUUUUCUGUCACUCGCGUCGUCUUCUAUCUCAGCGACUGUGACAGCGAGCAGAUUUCGUUCAUAACUCAAGAUACCAUACUCCUCUUUUAUUUAUCAAAAUGCGCUCUAAAUCCCAUAUUAUACACAUUCAGUAUUCCAGGUUAUCGAUGGCAAGUUAAGAAGAUGUUUUAUAACAUUGCGAUGGCGUGCAUUGACCGAUUACCAUACACUAGUAAUGGCGCGGGAAUCGUGUCGUGUUGACAUGCACCUAGUCGUGCUGACAUACAUACACGAACUUUCUACUUUCACACCUUGGAACUCUCUGGUACAUUCUGUUACGUUAUUUAGUUAUAUUUAACAAUUAUUCGCCAAAGGUGAGGUAAAUAUCGUCGAAUAAUCCCCGAGGCGAAGUCGAG